GUAUGUUUAAAUCUCUAGGCCGUUAAGUAAAAAAAUGAAAACUUUGGAUAUCAUAUCUACUUGGAUACGUAUUGUGAUUUUUUCAGACAUCUUAAAAUCAACAGGUUGUACGUGUCAAUGGCCGGAUGGUCUGGCGGACAGCACAUGGCUGGACAGUGAGAAGGGUGAGCUCUUGUUUACGUCAGACCACGUGACCGGAUAUGACGUCACGCAUGUGGUCACUUCCAGCACAUUUGACACGUGGGACUGUUGGAUUUAUAAUGAGACAGGCGACAUUCUCGUCAUGAGAUCGGUCGAUGCAUUUGCUCCAUUUUUCGUGACAUUUUCUACAACAUACAGAUGUUUGCAACUGAAGAAAAUUACAGAUAACUCCUACAGAUAUUACGAGCUAUCCCCAAUUCAAGAAGACAUGGAGAACGCUGAGCGAAUGUACGUCAACGAAGCAAGUGACGUCACGAACAUGGCAGAGCUGUGUUCACGUGACCUAGGGGCAAGCGGGUCAGAGUUCAAAGUCAUGAUCAAAUCGGGAAGCGAGAGUGCUGCACGUGUAACGUGUCCAUACGCCCUACUGGCGGACUAUACGUUCACUUACACGUCAAGUGACGGUAGCGUUACUUGUAGAGCGGAUGAUGUCGGAACUCUGGGAAUGUGCGCCAACACGGAGGAAGUGGCCGUCACAGCGCCGUCUUGUUCACGCUAUCCACUCUAUGCUAGUAGCAGCACGAGCGUGUGUGUUGACGUUCUGGAGGUCAGUGGCCACACGUACACCAGUCUCUUCAACGGCGGCUCAACGUCUACGGACAGCGCAUUGUUUGCAUGCGUGGGUCUGAGUGCUGACGGACUCUCACUGUCCGUUUCGCCCCUCUACUGUCGGAAGAAUCAGGUUCCCACAGAACUUCCGGUUGCCAACACAGGGGCCAAUAUAGGGGCUGUGCUCAACCUCACUGCUACAUCCGGUAUUGAAUUUAGUAAAUUUGUGUCAUGUCCUUUCUACAAGUAA